GUGAUACGAUGGUUUGGCCAUUUUAAGGGGGUACUCUACACAGCUAAACAGGUUAGGUAUUAUAUGAUUUUACAUAUUAUAAUCAUGCUAUUCAUAGUCAGUACGUACCUUUUCCACCAUUAAGUAGUUACAUUGUACCCACUCAUACCGCUCACUCCAUAUUAAACAGUUUAGUCUAACCCACAUUUUUACAAAUGUUUGGAUAAAAUUAAUGAUGUAUAAACGUGUAUUGUUUUUUUAAUUAAAUAAUAGCUUACAUAAGUUUAAAAUUAAUUCAUUACUAGGCCUAUAUUGUAACAAAAUGUAGGGUUUUCUAUUUAUACAAAUGUACAAACAAUACCUUACGAUACAUAGCUUUUUCUUUCAUUGUCUCAAUACUCUCGGAACACUCAUGCGGUAUUCAUGCACGUGCAAUGAGGGGAUGAGGGAUGGGCUUAAAUGUAACUGUCGUCCCUUACUAGUAGUACCAUUCAGUGCUUGUAUGCUGUUCAAUAAUGGAAAAUCAAGCCAAGAGACAUAGGAAAGCGAAUUUUACAGACACUGAAAUAAGAGUGCUAUUAGAAGAAAUAAGUGUUGAUCAUAAAACAUUGUUUAUGGCCAACAACCAAACUGUCACAAACAGGUUAAAGGGGGAUAUUUGGAAAAGAAUAACUGCAAAAAUCAGUGCAUGCGGCGUGGCAGAACGUACACCACAAGAGGCGAAAGAAAAAUGGAGAUCGUUGAAAGGGGCCGUCCUAAACAAGCAGAAAAGACAGACGAAAACGGGAGGUGGACCACCAGAUAAACCAGUGCCAUACGAGGACAUCAUCGUGACCAUAAUUGGAGAAAAUUCAAACCUCUACACUGGAAUAGAAGUGCAAGGAACAGACACUUAUGAAAACCCACAAACCCAAGCAGUCGAGUGCAAGAAUAACACUGAAAAUACGUGUGUGGUUUCCUCGGAACCCACGCCACAUUGCUCAAAGGAAUACCCUGAGGAUUUGACAUCCGUCCAAACUAUCUCUGGCCCACCAACUUCAUCUCUCACUUUAACACCGCUUUUAAAUGUAGACACAACACUAUGUCAGGACGAUGAUAAUAUAGCAGUUGCUAUUGUAAAUGAAAGUAAAACAUUUGAAGCAAAACAAUCAGCUUCACCAUCACUUGACAAAAUAUUAAUAACGAAAUCAAAGGCCCAAAAUAGAAAAAUAAAAAGAAAGUCCUUGGUGGAGAAAGGGCUAGAUGAUCAUGAGAAUGAUCUAUUUGAGGAAUAUCUCAAAAGUGAGAUAGAAAAAAACAAGGCCAUGACCAUUUUUUUCAAUAACAAAAACAAAAAGAUUUUGUUAGGAAUUAAAAAACUUGAAAAAAUUGAAAAGGAAGACGAGUUACAUAAUUAAAUUUUGUAAUGAAAACUGCAAUAAAUUCAUUUAAUAAUAGGGAUAUUUGUAUGAAUACCCUGAAUGAACUUAUUACACCUACAUUAUUAAUGAACAACAUGCUAUGAACAAAUAUGGUUUUUACGUUUUACUUAGGCAAAGUUAUUGUUUACGUUUAUUUUGUAAUUGUAAUACGUAAUAAAGAAAGCAAAUAUUUAUGUUGUUUCGUGGUCACUUUAUUAAGCACAAGGAAGCAAAGUAAUAUUCAAUUAAUAAUGUAAUGUUUAUUUAACACGAUGGACUUUCA